ACAAAAGUAGAAACAACAUGAAGACAAAAUACUACGUCGUUAACUCCAAGGUGAAAGACCCAAAAAAACUACACUAAUUUCAUCGAAAAAUGGAUGACAAAUACUAAACUUUUAUGCUUGUUUCGGUCUCAAAUUUCUUUGUUGAAAAAUGGAUUGUGCACUAAAGAUAUCACCUUUCUUAGUUAAUUUUCCCAAAUUUUCACCAAUUUCACGUACAAGCUCCUUCAUUAAAAGACCCAAUUGCAGAAAUUUAUCGAAUAAUAAUGUCAUUUUUGGAUCUUGUUCACCACGACAAGCAAUGCCAAAUGCUGUUGGUGAUGCUCACAAACAUAUAAGCAGUCUUGAAUCUCUGUUUUGCUAUGAUAAAUCCGUACCGGAGGAAAGAAUUGAGAAGCCAACUGGAUUGUCCUUGGCCAAGAAGAAUACCGGAGAUAAUCCUCAUUGUCCCGAGUGUGAAGCUAAAGGUGUUGUCCUUUGUACCACCUGCUCUGGUUCGGGCUUAUAUGUUGAUUCUAUAAUGGAAAGUCAAGGGAUAAUUGUCAAAGUUAGAUGCUUAGGUUGUGGGGGUUCUGGUAACAUAAUGUGUUCGGAGUGUGGAGGACGAGGUCAUCUUGGACGUUCUUGAUCCUAUCGGUUUGAUCUUGUGCCUGUUUGUCAUGAUGUAAACUUUGGCUUUGUCAGGUAACAUGAAAAAUACAGAGUUUGUUGCUACACAUUCAAGACCAGCGGAUUCAAAGUUAACUUUGUGUAUCAGUUGGCUGUUUUCGUGGAAAAAUAACGUUAGCAGUUAAAUAUAGAUAAAUUUCCUUUUUAGUUUUAUCAGUUUUUGUUCUUGAUUCGUAUCAAGUUGAACACCGAUAGGAUACAUCAAUAUACAUGCAGUUUCUUGUC